AAAUGCUCAUCUUAUUAUUAUUUGUCGCAACAUAUCCCCCCCUUUUUUCUCCCUAUCUUCUAUUGUAUAAAUAUUUCUAACCUCCUAUCUCUUCCUCAAUCCAGUUAUCUAGUUCCUAAGACCCUUGUUAUUACAAAUUAAGCUAGUUAUAAGACAAAAACAAACAAAUCCAAAUUAACAUUACGAAAUCCAGGUUUUUACUCAAAACGAGUCUUUCCUAGGAAUAUAUAUAUAUACACAAUAAAGUUACUCAACUAUACCAAAACAUAAACCUUAAGAACUAUAAUCUAAAUAAUAAUAAGUAAUAGAAUUAACGCCUGGAUAAGCUAGAAGCGCAAGGCAAAAUGAAAUGUAAAACCUAAAAUUAAGUUAACUUGACUUUGUCAAUCAAGACUGUACUUAUGAAUAAGGUACCAAAAUGUAUUACCAUGAAACCUACUGUGACCAAUAAAAACUGAAACUGUUUUCACACCAAAAGUAUUUUCAGUACACUAAAGUAAGGUAAAGAUCAAGAAAUGUCUGAUUCCGCAGUUGCAACGUCCGCAUCUCCUGUGAUUGCCCAAGCAGCCUCAGGCGAGAAAAAGGUGUCUACUAAAAAGGCAGCAGCCACACCAAAGUCAAAGAAGUCAACAGCUCCCCCAUCGCACCCACCAACUCAGCAAAUGGUAGAUGCAUCGAUUAAAAAUUUAAAGGAACGUGGUGGCUCAUCCCUUCUGGCAAUUAAAAAAUAUAUCGGUGCUACAUACAAGUGCGAUGCCCAGAAGCUAGCCCCGUUCAUUAAGAAGUACCUAAAGAAUGCGGUUGCGAAUGGAAAGCUGAUCCAAACAAAGGGCAAGGGUGCCUCUGGUUCGUUCAAACUAUCUGCAUCCGCUAAGAAGGAUCCCAAGCCAAAGGCCUCCGCUGUCGACAAGAAAACUAAGAAGGUAAAUGCUUCGGCGGCAGCAGCAACUAAAAAGAAGAGUAGUACAUCUACCACGAAGAAAGCCCCUGGUGCCGCUGAUAAAAAGCCAUCAAAAUCGGCAGCAACCAAAAAGAGUGGUGAGAAAAAGAAGGCGGACAAAGCAAAGGCUAAGGAUGCGAAGAAAACGGGAACCAUAAAGGCCAAGCCUACAACAGCAAAGGCUAAAUCAAGCGCAACAAAGCCAAAGACCCCAAAACCUAAGACCACAACUGCUAAACCGAAGAAAGUCGUGUCGGCUACGACCCCGAAGAAAACUGCUGUCAAGAAGCCAAAAGCGAAGACUGCAUCUGCAACGAAGAAAUAAUUUGAAAUUGCUAACUGCUCGUCAGCAUGUGCAAAUUUCUAAUAUUGAAAUU